GAAUAAUUUAUGCAUGUGAUACCCUACGACAAACAUAGCCUCCGUUCAUAUCACUUCGAAACCGGGAAACACGUCAUACGUAAACAUCACUAUAGGGCGCAUACAAGCAAAGCCCAUCUUAUACCAUUAUAUGACUGAAACGUAUCCACUCAUCCCCUCCAUCUUUCUGUUAUAUUUUCGAUAUGGAAUUUAAUUUCAUCAAACAUAUUCCUGUUGAGAUCAAGACAUUUGACAGUGAGGAAACACCUGUUCCACCGUUGGUGGUAAAUAGAAAGUUCAACAGAACAGAUUUGCGUACGAUCGCCGCGAUAAAUGACCCCCAACAACCACGCGAUGCCUCCUGUCUGACGUCACAGAACCUUCCCGCUACCCUGAUGGACGAUACUGUGAAGCAGGACCUGGCUAAGGAUCCGCUGUUUGAUGACGUCAUGGAUGUCAUCUAUAAUGAGGUACCACGGUCGGUAUUGGCGGACAUGAUGAACACUGACAACAUGAUCAUAAGGAACGGGUGGUCUGCGUCACUGGAACCACGCCCUGACGCAGUGGGACAUCCCACACCAAGCCAACAAUACCAUACACAAGGCAUCGGAUCCUGCAGUGAUCAAAUGUUUUCUAAGGGCGUUGGGAAUAAGGAUUUGGAACUCAUGGGAGGUCACGACGAGGUCACGACGAGGUCAUGGGAGGUCAAAACGUGUAUAUUAUCUACAGAGGAGACCGGAAGUGCUGGACACAAAAUGUCUUCAUGCAAAGACCAGAUCACGCAAAGUGCCUUCAAUGACCUCAUCGCUUAUCUGAAAGAUCCUGGUCUGAAAACGGGUGGUCAUUUCGACGGUAUCAGCAAUAACAUUGAAGCGAGUUCGAGACAGUUUGGACGUGGCAGCGAAACGCCAUUACCUCCACAGACAGUUGUGACCCACAACCAUGUAACCAUGGCAACAGAGGGACGAGCAACAGGGAGGUCGAGAAACAAAAACAGUCAGGCUGGUCACUGUGAUGAGGCAUUGGUUCGAAAACGGGAACAGAACAAGAAGGCGGCUAAGAAAUGCCGCGACAAGAAACUACAGAGCCUGAAGGACUUGGAACAGAGGGUGAAGAUUCUACUCCAACAACGCAGUGACCUGACUGAAGUAAGACACAGGCUUAUUCAAGUACAGGCAAGGUUGAGUCAAAACAGGGGAGGCAACUGUGGAUAACACAAGUCACAUGAUCACUCUUUGCCGGAAGUUGAAGGCAUGUUUCUGCUGAAUGGCUGGGUACGGACUUCCUGAACAUGGUGCACGUGUAUGGCGCUGACAGACCAAGGGUCAUAAUGGGAACGAAUGUUGAAUUCGAACCCACAACAUGCGGAUCCUGGCAGUGUUUCAACGUUUGGGUGUCCCCCGCACAAGACAGUGGGAAUAAAGUGUUUGUCCCCUGGAUUAACUUUGAGAUAACAUUUAUGUUGAUAUAGGAACAUAAUCCUUCCUAAGACUUAAUAAAUGUGUAGUA